AAAGGCAGGUCCAGGCAGGAGAGCCCAAAGCUGGGAGGGGCCGAAGCGGGCCGGCCCCCUAAUAGGAAAUGAGACACAGAGAAAUAACACUUUAAAAGUCUGACACCCUCUUCCUCCUCCCAUUCCCUGGCCUCUGUCCAUCCUCCUCCGCUCAGCUCCUGCCCCUCCGGGACAGCCUCACUUCUCUUUCCUAGGCUGCAGACCCAGCCCCUAGCUUGCAGCAGCCGAGUGGGAUCCAGAACUUCAGCACCAGGAUGUGGAUGACCUUGCUGUCGCUGCCGCUACCGCUGCUGCUGCUGCUGCCCGGCGGCGCCCUCUGUAACCAGGAAGCCUCAGAUGGCCCCCAAAGCCUCCACAUGGUGCAAAUCUCCUACUUCCGCGACCCCUAUCACGUGAGACACCAAGGCAACGCGUCGCUGGGGGGACUCCUGACACACACGCUGGAAGGCCCGGGCAACAACGUCACGAUCCUCCAGCUGCAGCCCUUGCAGGAGCCCGAGAGCUGGGCGCGCACGGAAAGCGGUGUGCAGCUCUACCUGCGCGACUUCCACAGCCUGGUGCAGCUGGUGCACCGCGAGCGGAAGAGCAGCGUGUACUUUCCUCUCACAAUCCAGUGCUCCGUGGGCUGUGAGCUGCCUCCGGAAGAGGGCUCUGAAGCCCACGUCUUCUUCGAAGUGUCUGUGAAUGGGAGCUCCUUCGUCACUUUCCGGCCAGACACCGCCGUAUGGGUGGCAGGCUCCCAGGCACCCUCCAAAGUAGUCACCUUCAUCCUGAAGCAGCUCAACGCCUACAAUCGGACUCGCUAUGAACUGCAGGAAUUUCUGCAGGACACCUGUGUGCAGUAUGUGGCUGAGCAUAUGGUCAUGAAAAACUUGAAAGGGAGCCAAACAGGCCGCUCUUACACUUCACUGGUCCUGGGCGUCCUGGUGGGCAGUUUCAUAAUCGCUGGUGUGGCCGUGGGCAUCUUCCUGUGCACAGGUGGACGUCGCUGCUAGUUACUCUCCAGCCCUCAGAGAAAGAACUGGAUUGAUGAGGGCUGGGAGGGAAGGUCUUAGCUCCUAUGAAGCAAAACGGACUCUCCCAGCAGGGUGCCACAACCCAGACUGUUUGGAGUGAUAACCUCCUUCUUCUACAUCUGUCAACCAAGGGUUUGGGGAGGGUAUUGGGAGGAGGCCAGGAGACAAAGUGCUUGGUUUGCUAAGAACUUAAGAACUCACAUGUUUUGUUGAAUCUGUUUGAGGAGUGACUGCUUAUCCAUGGAAAACAGAUGAUGGAAUUGGGGUUGCGGAGUCCUGCAAAGACAGACUCACCUGAGGCAUGCAAAAUAUGUAACUAAAUAAAACCAGUUGCCUGUAACCAAAAUAAAUAGGAUUCAAUGCUUCCAGGUGUGUUGACUUGGGAAAGGUCACUGAUUUAAUAGGGAAGAAAGAAACAUCAGAGAAAUGUCACAGCUGUAAAAUCCAAGCACUAGGGAAGCAAUGAGUUAUUCAUAAAUUAAGUGUCAAAUUUCUUAUUUUAUGUAUGAGGUAUAAUUAUUUCCUCUGUUUUACAAAA